AUGCUUCCCGUGGCCGGCCCCGGCCCGGGCCCGGGCCCGGCGCGGCUGGCCGCCCUGGUCAUCCUGUGCGGCAUCCUGCUCGCCACGGCGGGAAUCUGCGCCAUCCCCUCCCAGCAGCCCCUCUAUGCCAUGAUCACCGACGACCCGCUGCCCGGAGCCGGGUACAUGGUCCCCGGCGAGGGUGCCGCGUCGGUGGCCCUGUACCCGGGGCCCGGCCAGCAGCCGGACCAGGUGCUGGUGUACGGCCAGCGGGACCCCUCGCGGCCGGGGGUCUUCCCGGACUGGCGCGUCGGGUCGCUGUUCCACCAGCCGCCCGGGGAGCCGCGCUUUCGCCUCGGCGGCGCGGUGCCCGGGCCGGUGUCCGGGCGGGUGAUUCUGCCCACCGCCACGGGGGCCGCCCUGCCGGGCUUCGUGCUGACCGUCGAGCAGGAGCUCCUGUGGUUCCCGACGGAGGGCGGCCAGCCGGCCGGCUGUCACCUGGCCGGGCCCUUUGCCCUGCUGGCCGGCGUGGCCCACACGGCCGACGACCUGGAUGUCCUGGUCCGGUCUGCCGACGAGCUGGCCGUGGCCUUCCUCCAGGAUGGCCGGUGCACCAUGGACCGGCUUGCGCUGCCGGCCAUGUGGGCCUCGGUGCCGGCCACGCCGGUGGCCGGCCUCCCGCGCGGGCAAUUCAUCCUCUUCCACGACCGGGAAAUGCUUGCCUACGCCUCGGUGGCCGGGCGCCUGGAGUACGCCGGCCGGCGGACCGAGGGCGCGGCCAUCCGCCAAGCGCUGGCCACGCGCCUGGGCCCGGGGCUGCCCGGGCACUUUGACAUGGCCAUCCUGCUGGACACCCAGCAGGUGCAUUUGCUCCAGGACUGCCAGGUCCUCGCGGAGAGCUGGCUCUGCAAGCGGGACCGCAUGGUGAGCCCGGCGCCGGACAUGCCGGCCGAGGGCCGGCUCCUGGCGCCGGACUUCCGCACCCAGCCGGCCGGCGAUCCGGCCGUGGUCUUCUAUGUGCCCCCUCCGAUGACGUCCCGGGUGCAUGUCUGGCGUUUGGCCACCGACGAGACUCCCGUCCAGUGGGCGGCCUUUCGGCUGCCGCCCAUCGCGCGUGGGCUAGUGCUGGACUUGCGCCGGAUGGCCCUGGCCCCGGGGAUGCGGCGGUAUGCCCUCGGCGCCGCGGGCGUGCUUCUGCUCGGGGCCACGGACUUCCUCUGCGACACCGAUGAGUCGAUCACCUGCCUGCCGGUCAUUCCCUUUCCGUUCAACUUUGAUCACUCUCAAGUUGGCUGGGCGUGUGCUGCCGGGCAAUUUGAAGCCCCGUUCAUGUCCCCCGGGCGCCUGUGCCACGGCUGUGCCGAUGGUCAUUCGGUUCUCUGGUCGGCGUCCACCACGGAUAGUUCACCACCGGCCCCGGCGCAACGGAUGCCCGGCCCGAGGCACGACGACCGGCCCGGGCACCCGGUGGGCCGGCGUCGCGCAACCGGCGCCGUGCCGGCGGCCAUGCCCACGACGGCGGCCCGCCGGGUGCGGGCCCGGCACCAUGACCCGCGGCACCCGGACACCGGCGAGGUGGCCCGGCGGGUGCUCUUUCCCCGGGUCGAAGGGGCGCCGGCCGACCUUGCCCCGCGCCAGCACCCAGGACCCGGCGCCGGUGUGGGCGCCGGCGGCCGUCACCACCCAGCCGAGGCCGAGAUCAGGGCCCUUGGCGCGUGCCGGUGCCUGGCGGACAUGCGGCGCCUGGCCUCGCCCCUCCCGGGGGUCGGAUGGCCGAGCCCACUGCGCGCCGGCACCGGGCCCGGGACCGAGCCGGGCCGCACACGCGUGCCCCGGGUCCCACAUUCGUGGCUCCGGCCCGGGCCCGCAUCCGCCACGGCCCGGCGGGGGAGCCCGCUCCCGGAGCCACCUCCCCGGCGCCGGGCCGGAGCCACCUCCCGGCGCCUGCCCCUCACGAGCACCACACCCGGCUCCGACGGCGACUGGGCCCGUGCCGCGCCACAGCAGCACACUUGGCCGACCGCCCCCCGCCUCCCCGGCCACAACGCCACACCCGGCCGGGCCCGAGGGGUCUGGCGUGCAUGCGCGCUGUCGGUCCCGCACCAGGGCCUUCCGAAGUCGCGGGGCCGGACCCCGGCGCAGAUCCGCCCGCGACAUGGCAAUGUUCUGGCGCCGGGUCUCGCCUGUGGCCCGCCCUGCGGCGGGGCCUGUGACGCCCCAUUGGCGCCUGGGCCCCUGCCCUCCAGCGUGCCGCCGGUCGGCCGGCUCCCGGUGGCCGCGUGCCUGCGCGGCACACUGGCGCCCCCGCGCCUCGCCCCCCCCCCUCUUGGCGCGGCCGGCUCUUCGUCGGGACAUCGCUCAUCGGCCCAGAGCACGGCUCUGGCACACCUGCCCGCGCGCCGGCCCCGGGCGCAGGGCCGCCGCCGGCGGAGCCGGGAGCCCUGCCGCCGGCGCCCCGGCGACAUCCCCCACAAGGGUAGCAUGGCCGUGGCAUGGCCACCGGGCUGCCGGUACUGCCCCCCCCUCCCCCCCAGCCAGCACGGCAGGCUGUCGCGGGCCGAUGCCUCGCGGCCUGGGGCCGUGGGACAUCGCGCCGCGGCUCGACCCCCGGCGCGCUGA